AUGGACCUUGAGGGGGUGUUCCGUACUGACUUUAUCACGGCCAUGAAGCUGCCGGACUCGGCUCAGCUCGGUCCAGAUGACUUCUACGUGCUGUCGGACCCCUGGAGACAGGAGUGGGAGAAGGGAGUGCAAGUGCCUGCCAACCUGGAGGCCAUUCCAGAGCCUGUGGUCAGCACAGAUGAAGUCGUCCCACUGAUGUACACCUGGCUCCCAGUCAGCAUUUUGAGUCAUCGGACGAGUUUCUGUGAGAUCGAGUACCACCACAGAGGACAGGCUGCCACUUCCACUUCCAGGAAGUUGGACGACAAAAAGUAUUUUGACUCCCCGACAGCCGAACAAAUCUCCCGGCCACGAGCAGCCCACAAAUCCAUGCAGGGUGUUGGAGUCUACCUCAGCUGUCCCAGGUCACUGCCCGAGUCAACAGGUGGCCUGUUCAAAAACAGGCAGGAGAAGGAGGGGGGUGGUCAGCCUCCUCGUCCCCAGCUCUACAGCUGCUAUGACCUGGAUGACCUCGACGUUGCCUGGCUACAGCUGGUCAAUCAGGAGUUCAGACAGAUGGCAUUGUCGGAGCUGGACGAGCUGACCAUGGAGUGCGUUCUGGUGGAGCUGGAGAGCGUGUGCGAGGAGAAGAUGCAGCAGGCCAUUGAGACGGAGGAAGGCCUGGGCAUCGAGUACGACGAGGAUGUGGUGUGCGACGUCUGCCGCUCACCAGAGGGAGAGGACGGCAACGAGAUGGUGUUCUGCGACAAGUGCAAUGUCUGUGUUCAUCAGGCCUGUUACGGCAUACUGAAGGUACCGCAGGGGAACUGGCUGUGUCGGACCUGUGCUCUGGGGGUCCAGCCAAAAUGCCUGCUCUGCCCCAAGAGAGGGGGGGCCCUCAAGCCCACCCGGAGUGGAACCAAGUGGGUCCACGUCAGCUGUGCCUUAUGGAUCCCUGAGGUGAGUAUAGGCUGCCCAGAGAAGAUGGAGCCCAUUACCAAGGUGUCCCACAUCCCUGCCAGCCGCUGGGCUCUGUCCUGCAGUCUGUGUCGAGAGCACACAGGCACCUGCAUCCAGUGCUCCAUGCCCUCCUGCAUUGUGGCCUUCCAUGUGACGUGCGCCUUUGACCACGGCCUGGAGAUGAAGACCAUCCUGGCCGAGAACGACGAAGUGCGUUUUAAGUCCUUCUGCCUGGAGCACAGCUGCUCCGCCAGCAUCAGCAGCACAUCCACCAACAACACGUCCAGUUCCACACAUGUGAGAGACAGCAGCCAGGCCGCUGCCGCCGCCGCCACCGCCACCGAUGGAGAAUAUGGCACUGACAGACCCGAAUGGACCACUGUUAGCGUGGCCCCUGAGCUGAGGUCAGCCCAGCAGCACGGGCCAAACGGCAGCAGUGACCCCGGGCAGAGGUCAGUGUCGCACCUUGUUUCGGCCUCGGAGCGGGCUGAGCGGGACCAGCUGGAGAGGGAGAAGGUGAGCCAGAGGAAGCAGAAGCUCCAGGAACUGGAGGAUGAAUUUUACAGACUGGUCGACCCCAGGGAGGUGGCCGAAAACCUGGGGCUGCCCCAGUCGCAGGUGGAUUUCUUAUAUCAGUUCUGGAAGUUGAAGAGGAAGGCCAACUUUAAUCAGCCUCUGGUGACUUUAAAGAGGGAUGAAGUUGACAACCUGGCCCAGCAGGAGCAGGACGUCCUCGAGGAGGGGAACAAAUCUGACAAGCCAUAG